ACGACCGAACGUCGCCCCGUACAUCUUGUCCGCGCGUUCGUGUCUCCAUGUGAUCCGCGGCUCGAUCGAACCUCCGACAAGCGAGACCCGCCGCUGGAAUCGGCGAGAAGAUUCGCCUUUCCGCAAUUUCACCGAAACCGAGGAAUCGGGAUAAUCGAUAAUACGAGAUAAACAAUUGUAACCAGAAAUACGACCGAUUCGAUCAUUGGCGAAAACCGCAACGGGCACCCAGAAUUAACCCGGAAGGGUUGACGUUUCUUGCAAAGAUAUAGUAAACGAUCCUGCAAUUACGGUUCGUUUUAAUUUUUUGUUUAUUUUUGCUUUUUGCGCAGGAAAAUCUUACGGCUUCGAUCCAUGUACGAAAAUUUGACAGUGUGGAUCGAGAGGAUGACGAUCGGAUCCGGAUUAUGAUCGAACGCGUCGCUUGUAGUUUUGCCGGUUAAAACGACGUCGGUGGUGUCGCGGUUAAUAGUCAUUGUACAACGUUGUAAAUUGUGUGCGUGUUGAGAAAUGUAACGGAUGUAAUCGAAGAUACGGAGAUGUUACGAUAUGGGUUUUUAUACGUGCGCGCAUGAUAUGGAAGAUGAGGAUUCUUUUUCUAACGUGUACAUACGUAAUAGUGUAAUUAUAAUAUCAAAACUCGAGAUCGCAGUUUGUCCCUGCUAUUCAUUGUUGUACACAACGUUGGCAAAUAUUUAUACAGUCGUGAGAAAAGAUGAAGCAGUGAAAAAGUGAAUCACAGUGAAGAUACACAGAUUUUUGGAUCAAGUGCGGAAAAAUUCUCGGUGUGAUUUUUUGCGUAUUUUAUAUUAUAAUUAUAAUGAGAAGUACGAGACUUGGUUAUAAAAUUAUCGACAAGUAAUCGCACGAAUAGUGAAGUGUGUAACAAUUCGAAAGUUCGCUGUCAAUUUGCAGCGUGUGUCGUUUCGGAGUGCUGGAUAUAUCUUUUUGGUCCUUGUGUAAAUGUUAUAAAUAAGAUUGUGCUGAAGAAAGUGGGAGUGAAGGACGCGUGUAAUUGAGAACGAAAUCGAUUAAUGAAGUAAUUUUAAUAUUAUAAUGUGAGAGAUGCGUCGUGGCGAAGUCGCGGUAAUCGCGAUAGCCCUUUUGGUUCUCGGGCAAGUCCCGGGUCCUCGUCAAGUCAGGGUGGUGGGUGCCGUUGUCGUUGGCGCGGCUGUUUGCGGCCGGAUACCAGGCCUGGCCAAGGGUCAACGAGACCAGUGUAGAGCCGCACCACACGCCAUGCCAGCUGUCGGGGAAGGCGCCGCUCUGGGGCUGCGCGAAUGUCGGCACCAGUUCAGACACCACCGUUGGAACUGUUCCCACGUGGCCAGCGACCAGGUCUUCGGGCACGUCGUCGUUGUCGGAAGCAGAGAGGCUGCGUUCACCUACGCCAUCAGCUCGGCUGGUGUUACGUACACUGUCACAGCUGCGUGCAGUAGAGGCAACAUUACGGCUUGCGGUUGUGAAUCGGCUGUAAGAACCAGCAAAGAACUAGUUCCUAGCGGCUGGCAAUGGGGCGGCUGCAGCGCUGACGUUACGUACGGCAUGAGGUUCGCGCGUAGGUUUCUCGACGCGAGGGAGAUCGAGGGAGACGCUCGAAGUCUGAUGAAUCUUCACAACAACAAGGCAGGACGAAAGAUGGUGAAGGCCCUUCUACAAACGGAAUGCAAGUGCCACGGUAUUUCCGGUUCCUGCACGGUAAGAACAUGCUGGCGAAAGCUGCCCAGCUUCCGGCAAAUCGGCGACGCCCUGAUGAAAAAAUAUCACCGUGCACGUCCAGUACUGGCGAUUACGCCAGUUCUGCCACCAACCGUACAGAGCUUCGCCGGCGAUUCCCCGCCGUCGGAUACGACGCCGAUUUUGGGCAACGACGCGAAAACGCAAGGCAAAACCGCGAACGAUCCGGCAAAAUCGCGGCGCGAACGUAGGCCAAGGAAAAAAGGCAACAAACCACGAAGGCCGCAUUUGGUCUUGAAGAGGCCCAGACCCAGCAGCGGACCCGGCCACGGACCAAAACGGAUCCCGAAACGAAGUGAACUCGUGUUUCUCCAGCCGUCCCCCAAUUACUGCGAGCCGGACUUGGCCCACGGCAGCUUUGGCACGCAAGGCCGCACCUGCAAUCGCACUAGCCGAGAUACAGACGGAUGCGAUCUGAUGUGUUGCGGCCGGGGUUACAAUACUCACCAGUACACGAAAGUCUUCCAAUGCCGUUGCAAGUUCCACUGGUGCUGUCUCGUCAAGUGCGACACGUGUACGGAUCGGAUCGAGGAAUACACGUGCAAGUAACGCGUUACAUUAUACGCGUAAACUCACACCUAUAUACAUAUUAUGUAAUGUAAGAGAAAGUACAAUUGCGCUCGUUUUGUUUCUCAAAUCACAAUUAUGUGUAAUAUAUUAUAUAGGUACGUAUAAGCGCGACAAGAGUCGCGUUCGCAUAAUGAUUGUAACUCGUAAUUAUACAUAGAAAACACCGCCCCUUCAACCAAUUUAGACAAAUUACUUCACCGCAAUUGAUCGUUGGUUUCAGUAUCAUAUUUACCUUGUUUUAUAAUGUACAUAAGUACAAGUUGUUUCGGAAAAUUGCGGCAAGUUUUUAUUAAAUUUAUGUAAUUGAAACACGAACCAAAAACUUAUAGAUCUGUUCGAUAGACAUAUGAAUGUCAUUAGUACGUGUAUAGCUAUAGUCGUAUACGAAUACUUAUAACAGUUGUAUGAAAUUUCAUAGGUUUCUAAUCACCCAAAAUAUUUUAUGGCGUAGAAAACGAAACAAAUAAAAAACCGCGAAUUAAUUUUUUACACAGUCUCGUCGACACCGGAUCUCAGGGACUGCAACAUUUUCCGUAAUCGAUUGUACUUACGAUAAUUGACUCGAUCUGAAUGAUUAACUUUAUAAUGUAUAUUUAUAUAAGUUAUACGUUAAUAAUAAUCAGCGCAGUAAUGACUAUGUAAUUUUAAUAUAAAUGUACUUAACCUGUGACCAUAGACAACAUGACACUAGGCUGUAUAAUAUAUGAGAAUAAUAAUUUUACAGAAAAGUCCGUAAAUAAGAUUAUACCAGCGAUUAGACGUUACGUAAUGGUAGAAAUAACGAUAAUUUUAAUUGUAAUAAUGAUGAUAGUGAAAGCGUUAUAUAGAACCUAAUUCAUGUUUAAUAGCGGCGUACUACGUAAAUUAUUAUUUAUUAAAAAAAGAUACACAAAACAUAAAAAUAAAAGUAAACAGAACGCGAAUAGAUUAUACUCAAUGUACAUGCAUGCAAGUAAUUGUAAUGUAAUGUCUCCCCGUCGAUUACCACAUCAUUCGUUUUACAUAUUUAUUGUAUACACGCACACGCGCGCACACGUCUUUUAAAGUAUCGACAGACUUGC